AUGGCAAGCUUUGAUGAGUUGGUUGACAAAGCUAAGGCAACUGAGGAAAUAAGAGAGAAGGAAUUGUUCGUGAAGUUUAGCAAAUGUGAAUUUUGGCUAAGAGAUGUAGCAUUCUUGGGUCCUGUGGUCUCAGCAGAGGGAGUUCGCAUGGACCCAAAGAAUAUCAACAAAAUAUUGGAGUGGAGAUCUCCAAGAAGUGUUACAGAGGUGAAAAGCUUUUUGGGGCUCAUAGGUUACUAUCGCAAGUUUGUGGAAGGGUUUGCUGUUACCGUGAAUCUGUUAACAAUGCUAUUUGAAAAAGAUAAGGAGUUCACAUGGACAGAAGAAAGCCAGGAAAGCUACAAGAAACUUAAGGCGAUACUCACCAAAGUGCCAACGUUGGUGCAACCAAAACUUGGGAAAGACUUUGUAGUCUACAGUAACGCUUCGCAAAUUAGACUUGAUUGCAUGCUAAUGCAGGAAUGA